CAAACGAAGAAAAGGAAGUCACAGAUGAGUGAAAACUGAAAAAUGGAAGGGUUGCUGCCCCCACGUUCUUCUCCGGGAGUCUCCCUAGUCCAACUCGCAGACUGUAUAGAACAGCUCUUGAAGUUCAUUCUCUCGUCUUGUGUCGAUAGAACCCUAGAAAUCGAUCUAGGGUUGUCUGAGGAGUACUGCUCCAAUCUACUUAGAGCUGAUCCCAGUGACGGCAAUUUUGAUGUUGGAGAUGUUGCAGAAGGAAUGCCACAUUAUCCUUUAUAUAAGUCUCUGACAUCAGCUCUAUACCAAUGCAUAACUUCUAGAGCCUUUAAGAGAACAUCUAAUAAACUGGUGUUGGCCCAGGAAGAUGAAUCAUUUAAGCAAAAAGAACAUGACUGGAAUAACAUUAUUUUGGAGAAGGGAUCUGAAUUGACAAAUGUGCUGAAGACUGUAGGGUUUGAACUUCAUGUCCAGGAGCCUUUCUUUUCACAGCUGAGAGAUGGCACAAAAACAAUUGAAGGGAGAUGUGCUGUUGGUGACUACAACAAAAUUGGACCUGGUUCUCUUCUUCUUUUGAACAAAUGCUUCAUGCUUGAAGUUCAGGAUGUCAAGAAAUAUGCUUCAUUUUAUGAGAUGUUGGAAAUGGAGGAUCUUCUUAAGGUUCUUCCUGGCAUAAAAGGAAUUGAAGAAGGUGUCCAGAUCUACCAAAAGUUUUACACUGAAGAGAAGGAAAAAGCCAAUGGUGUCCUUGCAAUUUGUGUUUCAAUACCAGCUACCCAGCCUUACCUUUCGUUGGCCAGAAUAAUUUGUGAAUUGAGUUAUGAGGGCAUUGGGACCCUCCUGGGUUUGAAGCAUACUGUAGGAACACUUCCAGAGUCUCUUCCUCCACCAAGAUCAGCUCUCCUAUCAUCAUUUAUGAUGCUUCAGAAUCCAAAUGUUAAAGGUAGCACCCUAACAAAGGGAGCAAGGGCUUUGGCUAAGCAUGUUAACAGGAGUAGUGAUGGAUGGUGGGGUAGCUUCCAGGGAAAUGUUCAUAGGAUUUCUGGAGCCAUACAUGGAAGAUGGCCAUUCCAAGGGAUGGAGGCAUUAGAAGUUGCUUUCAGAGACAUUGGUCCACUAACUUUUUUCUCUGUACAAAUGUACCUGUUACUCAAACAAACAUCAUAUGCCAAAGCAAAUAUUUUCUUUUAAAGAAGCUGAAUUUAGAUGGGAGAAAAAAAUAUUAUUCAAACCCGAUUUUCUAUAUUUUAUUUAAUAUUUACCCCCAUGUAAAAAUAUUGAUGCAUUUGGCGCUUAAAAGCUCAAAACAUGUGUAAGGCAAAAGCAUUAUUUUUUCUUUUUUUUUUUUUAUUGUCUAGGGAAAUGGGCUACACAGUCCCCUGUUGUUCUUAAUCCUAAGAAAUGUAAUCAACAUGCGGCUUUACCAGUAAAGCCAGCUGGCAUUUUUGGUUAUAUAAUCUAAGUGCAAAUUAACAACA